GAUGGACCUGCCGGCGUUGAGGUGGGUCAUCCCUGCUACCCAAAAGGCUACGAAGAAAUAGUACAGAGGGCAUCCCUCUCUAGCAACCCCUGUACCAAGCCUCUCCCCCCAACCGCAUCUUCGGGGAACGUAACUCUGGUGGGCAAAGGGAACGUCACGCUAUGCCGGGAAAAGCUCAAAGCGAUCUUCAACUUCUCCGGCUGUCGAGACCCAUCAUCCUGCGGCUUUGAGGGGACCUACCAGCCGAGAGUCAACGGGAAGUUUCUGGCCUUUUCUGCAUAUUACUACACUUUCCACUUUUUGAACCUGACAGUCACUAGUCCACUGGCCACUGUUGAGAGAGCCAUCCAGAUUUUCUGUGCCAGAACAUGGAAAGAUCUGAGCACCAGUUACCCUCGCGAAAAGCCCUUCCACCUGAAGAAUUACUGCGCCAGCGCCAACUACAUCCUGACCCUUUUAUUGGACGGUUACGGCUUCCAAAACGACACCUGGCAGAACAUCGCCUUCCAAAUGCAG